AUGGAUGUAUCUUCAUCCUCGCUGCAGUACGGAUCAAAAAAGCGGGUUAAGAUUCACCCAGAUACAGUGACAGUGAAAUAUGCCACUCACUUCCCCCAGCCUGGCGAUGAAGGGUACGAUGACGCGCCGUCUUUUGAAGACUUUGGCGCCUUCGCAGAUCCUAAUGUGGGAAAGAGGCUGGUGUCAGACAGCAAAGGUGGCAGGACUUUCUUUGGAACCAUGGAGACCCAGCCUAAGCUGCCAAAUGUGCAGAAAGACAAGGGGGUCGGGGGCCAGCUGGCCAGCUUCGGCGAGGCGAAUGUGUUGGCCUCCAGGGUGACCUGGAUGGCCUUGUUCGGGGCAGCUGUGGCUCAUGGUUGCGUGGCACUUAUUACUCGUUUAGCAGCCGACCGCUCUAAAGUGCCCUCCCUCGAGCUGCUCUUCAUCCGCUCUGUGAUCCAAGUGCUGUCCAUCCUGGUGGUCUUCUACUACCACGAGGCCCCCUUUGGCCCUAAGGGCUUCCGGCUGCGUCUCUUCUUCUAUGGCGUGUGCAACGUAAUCUCAAUCACCUGCGCCUACACCUCUUUUGCCAUAGUACCACCCAGUAAUGGCACCAUCAUGUGGCGCGCCUCUACCACGGUCUUCAGUGCAAUACUGGCCUUCCUGUUGCUGGAUGAGAGGAUGGGCUACACAGAUGUGGUCACAGUGGUGGGAAGCGUGUUCGGUCUGUGCCUGGUCAUGGUGCCAAAUGUGGCGGACGAGGAGAAGUCCAGGCUGGGGUUUUGGAAGGAGGCAUUUGGCUACACAAUGACAGUGAUGGCCGGCUUGACAGCUGCCCUCUCCAUGAUCAUCUACAGAGCCAUUAAAGAGCGCGUCAGCAUGUGGACGGCACUCUUUACCUUUGGCUGGACGGGCACGGUGUGGGGUGCCUCCACCAUGUUUAUCAUGCAGGAGCCCAUCAUUCCUCUGGAUGGGGAGACCUGGGGCUAUUUAAUUGGGAUCUGCAUCUGCUCCACCGUGGCAUUCCUCGGAGUCUACUAUGCUCUUAACAAGUUUCAUCCAGCCUUAGUUAGCACCGUGCAGCACCUAGAGAUCGUGGUUGCCAUGUUCCUCCAGCUCAUUGUUCUGAGAAUGAUCCCGUCUGUCUACGAUGUCAUUGGAGGCCUGGUCAUCAUGGUCAGUGUGUUCGCGCUGACAGGGCUUAAGCUGUACAGGGUGAGCAGGGCCAUUCGGCAGGAUUACCAAGAGAUCUUAGACUCUCCUAUCAAAUGA